AUGAGCGACGUCAAGAAAGACUCGGAGACCGGUGUCGUCGACGUCGGCAAGCCCGAGCACUUCGAGCAGGUCGCUGCCACCGCCGCCGCCGAAGACCACCAGGAGGGCCCUAUCCAGGCCAUCCGCAAGCACCCUCUCGCUUUCAUCUGGUGUGUCUACGCCAUCUACAUCCUCAUCCUGUCCAGCUUCGACAACCAGGCGAGCGGUAUCGUCCUGGGUAUUCCUCAGUUCCGCAAGGACUUUGGAACUGCCUUUGCCGGCGACUAUGUCCUUCCCGCGAAGUGGCAGUCCGCCUAUAGCGGUGGCCCCGUUGCCUCAGCUGUCAUCGGUUCCCUAGGCUCUGGAUUUAUCACGGACAAGGUCGGCCGCAAGUGGACUCUUCUGCUCUGCUACGUUCUCGUCUUCGUUGCCAUCACCGUCGAAGUCAUCAGCACUACCAACGCCGUCUUCUUCGUCGGCAAGUUCAUCGCCGGUUUCGCCGUCGGUGGCUUCAUCACUGUCAGCAUGACCUAUAUCGGCGAGGUUGCUCCUCUGGCUCUCCGAGGAACACUCACCGCCGCCGCUGCCAUCGCCUUCACCAUCGGACCCUUCAUCGUCUCCCUCGUCGUCAAGGGAACCGGCGCUGGAACCACCCGCUGGGCCUACCGCUCCAUUUUCGUUUCCCAGUACGCUGUCAGCGGUCUCGGAGUCAUCGUCCUUCCCUUCAUGCCCGAGUCUCCCUGGUGGCUCCUCGACCACGGCAAGGGCGACAAAGCCGUCCGCGCCCUCGAGCGACUUGGCUACACUGGACAGGAGAAUGAGAAGCGCAUCGCUGUCAUCACCCAGACCUUGGAGGAGGUCCGCAAGGAGACCGAUGGAGCCAGCUUCUUGGAGUGCUUCCGCAAGUCUAACCUUCGCCGCACCAUGAUCUCCGUUGCCCCCAUGAGCAUCCAGGCCCUCUGCGGUGUCUUCUUCGUUGCCGCCUACUCUACCUACUACCAGCAGCUUGCCGGAUACUCCACCGACAUGAGCUUCAACCUCGGUGUCAUCCAGCAGGUUCUGUCCAUGCUUGGCAACAUUACUUCGUGGUUCCUGAUCGACCGAGUUGGUCGCCGACCCCUCACCAUCUGGGGAAUGGUUGUCCUUACUGUUAUCCUGUGUGUCACCGGUGGACUCGCUGUUGUCGGCUCCGUUGCUGCUACCAAGGGCACCGUUGCUCUGCUCCUGGUUUACUGCUACUUCUACAACGUCACCAUCGGUGCCACCGCCUACACCCUUCUUACCGAGGUCGCCACCUCCCGACUUCGCGCCAAGACUGCUUCCAUCUCGCUUGCUCUCCAGAACUCCCUCUUCACCAUGUGGGCUUUCGUCAUCCCCUUCCUGUUCAACCCCGAUCAGGCCAACCUCGGAGCCAAGGUUGCCUUCAUCUUCGGCGCCCUGGCGGUGUUGUCCACUAUCUACCUCUGGUUCUGCCAGCCCGAGACUGCUGGUCGCUCCUACGAGGAGUUGGAUGAGCUCUUCAUGAAGAAGGUCCCCGCUCGCGAGUUCAAGACCUUCGUGACCGACGCGGAGCAGAGGCAGUAG